GAAAGAGUAAUUUCAAACAUGAAAAUGUUAUAAACAAAAAGGGCACAGUCCCAACACAGUUUAUUCUCUUUGCCUUUGCUUUCGUUCUAUCCUCAUUUGCUUCACUGUUGUUAUUACCAGAAAAAUAAGAACUGAAAAAUCAAAUUGUGCGAAGAGGAAUGUUCUUGCCUACGAAGAUGUCCCUCUCUUUCUACAUCAUUCAUCUUCUCAUCUUCUCCUUGAUUUCAACUUCUGUUAUCUCCAACCAGGAAGAGGAUAAUCUUCUUCAAGGCCUAAACAGCUACCGAACUUCUCAAAGAGUUCCACCUUUUGCAAAGAACGACAAGGCGGAUUGUGUGGCCGAUGAGAUAGCCGACAAGCUAGAAGAUGAGCCAUGCACAAACAACACUGCAGCCAGCACAGUUACUCCUGGAUCAGUCCCUCCACGAUUGAACUACCAAGAAAUUCUCUCUGAGUGCAAGGUCGACCCAAACAGUACCCGUGACGGAUUAAUCUUACCUGUUUGUAUCCCGAACCGGAUCCCUACUUUGGCUUUAACCAACUACACACAAACCGGUUAUGCCCGGUAUCUGAAUGAUUCGAGGUAUGUUGGGGCUGGUGUUGGGUCGGAGAAAGAGUGGAUGGUUGUUGUGUUGACAACGAGCACUCCGGGUGGAAGCUUUGCUAGAGGCGAUGCGACGUCCGUGAGUGUGAUGGCUUGGUUAGGGCUUACGGGGUUGUUGUUUAGUUUCCUUUUGGUCUUGUGAGCUAAUGUUGUUUUUACGUUUUGUGUGAAGACGCUUUUGUAUCUCGUAUGCUUGUUUGAUGACGGGACACCAAAAUGACGAAUCAUGGCAAUCAUAUUAACUAAAAAACAUAACGGAGGCAGAGUAGGUCGUAGAAAUCUUUAUAGUUGUGUAGAAUUAGUCGAGUAGAUAUCAAUCAAAUUCGUUUAAAGUCUUAUCGAUAUAAGAUAUAUCGACAUGAAACCCGUAUAAUUUGUGACCUAAUUAAUCCUUAUCAAACUAUGGGGCAUGAACUUAUCC